GGUGCUAGGCUUCUCUUUUUCUUUGACUGAUGCAAUGGCUGUGGUGCUUCUGGCGCUUCCUGCUUUAGCUUUGGGGCAUGCCCCAAUUGGCAUGAACGGCGAGAGAUUUCAUGGCGACGGCCGCAGACUCUGGAAUGAGCAAGCUAAGGAGAGUCACAUCUGGGGGGUCUGUGAGGAGUGGGACUCGAACGUAACUGGCUGCGAACUAUUCUCAUACAAGUGCAACCUACAAUUCUCCAGGUCCUGAUACGUAUGACAUGGAGAUCACCUUGGGCAAUCUGACGCCAUCAACACCUGAGAACCCAGUUCACUUAGCAUGGUGGGCACCCAGAAAGUCGCAGACGGCCUGGAAUCCCCACCUGAACCUUGAAGGCUGUGCGGUCUACAGGCACAUGAAUUCUGCCUAUCCCAAGUACAGUGAUGUUGACUUCAAUGGAGGCAACCUCCAGGUGGACAGCAAUGGUCAGAUCACUAUACGCUUUCAAGCGCCAGCGACGUACUAUGUGACAAGCUGGAUUUCGGUGCCACACGUGCACCUCCGACUUUGCAGCAAUGACACCUUCGCGCAUACCACACAAGAUGCCAUUGUCUUCAUAGUGGACGGCCCCGAACUCGUCGCUGGAGAGGCAGGUUCUCAUCUGCAGAUCCUGGACUACAAGAAUUUCACAUAUGCAGAGAAGACUGGAGGACCACUCCGCAGUGUGAGUGACCGAGACAUUAUUGGUGUCCUAACUUGGAGAACGACUACGCCGACUACGUCCUCACCGUUCAUAGACGAACUCGUCAACAACACAGAUUGGGAUGGCUUGGAAAGUGGAACAAAUUGAGUGUUACAUCCACCACAGAUAAUGUGGACAACUCCGCCGACCCAUAUGAGGAUGCUUCCAACGGCGACCUUGGGGGCAACUCGUCUGGAGGUAUUCCAUCUGGAGACCUGUCUGUGGGGGUAAUGAUUGCUGUGGCUGUGGCAGUCUUACAGUAGCCGCGUCGCUGAGCUGGACAUUUUUGAGGAGUUCUGAGCUUGAAGAGACAGACGCCUCAGUAAAUGGAGAUCCUGCUUUUGCUAGAUUGUAGGAAUAGGCGUUGCUUGGCUUGGCGAUUUGCCAAUUGAGCGACUUGCUGGCUUCUCAAGAAUUGAUGCUUGGGAAUCUGGGUUUGCACGAACAGGAACUGACAAUAUGUUCAGAGAUGUCAAAAUUGUUUAAGGGGCUUCGAUGACUGAAGUCUCCAAAUUAAUUCUUGUGAGCCUUGCCUUUGGCUUCAAGGCCUUGUGGCCUCGUAGCCAAAAAAUAGGUUCGGGAGGUUCACUAGCAACCUUACGCCUGCUGCUUUGCUGGCAUGCAU